AUGCCCAACUACACGAAGCCUCAAAUCGAAUACAACUGGAUCCAGGACGUAGAGGCACUCGAGCACUACGAGCCAGGAGGCUAUCAUCCCAUAACAGUCGGCGACACACUGCACGACGGCCGAUAUUACAUCGCAGACAAGCUCGGCCACGGGGCGUAUUCGACCGUGUGGCUCGCGCGCGACACGCCGCGCAACCGCUACGUCGCUCUAAAGGUCAACACGGCAUCGUCAGUGCUGCGCGAGGCCCGGGUUCUCCGAGCUCUAUCCAAGCCACCCUCACCCGGACACCCGGGGCGUCGUUCGAUUCCUGACCUCCUGGAUGAGUUCGAGGUGCGAGGCCCCAAUGGCACCCAUAUCUGCUACACGGUGACGCUGGCUGCCUGCAACCUGCGGAAGAUAUCAUAUCGCCUUGUUCAGGCGGUGGCGUAUGUGCAUUCACAGGGCUAUGUCCAUGGAGAUAUCCAUCUCAACAACAUCCUGCUCGCCCUGCCGUCAAGCAUCGAUGACCUCCCGGUAGAACAAUUAUACGAGAAAUACGGCUACGGCCGCCCCCAGACAAUCCCCGUAACGCCCAUCAACACAAACAGCAACGCCCUCCCGCCAAACAUCCCCGCGCAAGCAGUCCAACCACUGGUACUAGGCCAAUUUCUCGACCCGCUCACCCCAUCCACGGCGCACCUCCUCCUCAGUGACUUCGGCGAGGCCUUGCACCCCGCGGAAUACAUCCCGGCGGAUGAGAUCGUGGCGCAACAUGUCGAUGUUCUCGGACCGAUGCCGCCGGAAUGGUGGUUGCGGUGGGCGGCGCGGGAUAGGUUUUUUGUUAGCGCACAGGGGCAGCCGACUGAGUCUUACCGGGAGGAUAAGUGGCCUCCGCUGGAGGAGUGGUUCGAAGUCACGGUGCAGAAGUGGCGGCGGCGGGGUGGGAGUGCUAUUGCCCAGGACGAGAGGGCUGCGUUUCUGGAUUUGAUGCGCGGGAUGCUGGUUUAUCGGCCUGAAGAGCGUCUUUCUGUAGAUGAGGUGCUUCGCUCGAAGUGGAUGGUUAGGUGGGCGUUGCCUGGUUCUGAGGAGGGUGCAGUAUGUACAUGA